AUGUCCGAGACCGGAAAGGCUGAGCGUCCGAGCCAGGCGUCAGCGAGUGAUGCGCUGAACAAGCCCAGCACGGCGGCGUUGGACGAUGCGCCGAACAGGGUGGCCGGCGUGGAGCACCAGGACUUCGCCAACCCCACGCUGAGCAUAAUCGGCCAUGCCGCACGCGCUCCUUCGUACAGCGGAGUCUCGUCGCCCUCGAGAGAAGGCACCCCGCCGCCGCUGCCGCCUCGAUCACAGCUCGGCGUGCCCACUGCUUCGUCACAGCCAGCUUCGUCACAGCCAGCAUCGUCACGGCCCGCAUCGUCACGGCCAGCCUCGUCACAGCCCGCAUCGUCACGGCCAGCCUCGUCACGGUCGGUAACACGAGCGCCGUCACGGCCGCAGCUGGUGUCCAAAGCCACCACGCAGCUCUCCGUCAGCAACACGCAGGCCUUUGGCAACGACUCGCGCGACGACUCUACGUCGCCAGCCUCUUCGAAACCACGCAACAUCCUCCCCAAUCUGCCGUCGAAUGGAACGAGCGAUGCGGACGACAGCGCGAGUGUCAUGAGCUUUGCCCCCACAAUCGCUGGGGGCGAGAGCCUGCUGGGCGAGGUCAUGGGCGCGGCCGAGAAGUCGAACCAGGAAGAGACAUUGCUGCACUCGCUUGGCCAUCGAUUCACGGAUGCAGAGUCCCAGAACAUGUUCCCUCCCGAUCCCGAGUUCGAGUCGUCUUUUGGCCGCGAGUUCGAUCAGGUCGACGACAUGGCCGCAGACGGAUCCAACGAAGAACAAGUCAUGCGGCAGUGGCGCGCAAAGCUGAAGCACUUCCUCGUCCUCUCGAGCGCCGGCAAGCCCAUAUACAGCCGCCACGGUGACGACCAACUCAUCACAAACUACAUCGGCGUCGUGCAGACCAUCAUCUCCUUCUAUCAAUCCACAAACGACACCUUGCGUGGCUUCACAGCAGGACAUGUUCGCUUCGUCGUCAUGUCGAAAGGGCCGCUGAACCUCGUCGCCAUCACACGCCUGUCGGAGAGUGACGCUCAGCUGCGUGCCCAGCUCGAGGCGCUGUACAUGCAGAUCCUCUCCACGCUCACUCUCCCCAGCAUGGAGCGCAUGUUCGCAGCCCGCGCCAACUACGACCUACGCCGACCCUUGCAAGGCACCGACACGCUUCUGUCCGCACUUGCAGACGGCUUUACAAGGGGCUCGCCGUCCACCCUGCUUUCAGCACUCGAAUGCCUGAAACUACGCAAGUCCCACCGCAACACCAUCAACAACUCUCUCCUCAAGACUCGCUCGGAGAACCUGCUCUACGGCCUCGUCGUUGCAUCAGGCAAGCUCGUAUCUGUCGUGCGCCCUAAAAAACACUCCCUCCACCCCGGUGAUCUGCACCUCAUCUUCAACAUGCUCUUCGAAGCAGGCAGUGUCAAGGCUGGAGGCGGCGAGAACUGGAUACCUUUGUGUUUGCCAGGAUUCAACAACACCGGAUACCUCUACAUGUAUGUGAGCUUCCUGAACCUGGACAAGCCGGGUGAGCAAAUGGAGGAACGGUCGAGGACAAGAGACGGCGGCGACGAUGACGAGGUCGCUGUAUUACUCAUCAGCGCGGACAAAGAAAGCUUCUUCGAGAUGAGGAAGAUGAGAGACAGUCUAGUCGAGACUCUCACAUCCAACAACUCCAUCGCCUCGAUCCGCUCUGCCGUGCAAGCAGGUCGUCCGUCGUGCACAGACAUAGUCCCUGGCUCGCCUCUGCGGCACUUUCUCUACAAGUCGCGAGGAAACGUGCAAUUCUGCAUGCCGAGCUACGGCCCCUACUUCCCAUGCGCCCUCGACCGCAGACGCCUGCUCACACUGUACGCACACCUGCACGCGACGCUGCACGCCAAGCCCACGUCGCUCAAGGUGCAUCACGAAACGAGCUCCUCGUGCAUCGCGCUGGCGUGGAGCACGCCGCUGUUCGAACUGUACGCCGUCGCGCCGCCGAACACCAGCCGCGCCGCCCUUGCGCAGGCCGCGAUGAAGAUUGUGCAGUGGGUGCGCAGAGAAGAGGAGCGCGUCUUCAUCAUCGGCGGCGCGGUGUUCUGA